AAGGAGUUGAUGAGGGAGGUGACGAGGGAGUCGACGUUAUGGCUCCGAUCGAUUCCUCGGAAGAAGAGGAGGAAACUGACGAAGAAGCAGCCAAAGAGGUACUCUUCAACAGAUUACGAAAUAUCAACCAAAGUUUUACCGAAAUAACUUCUUACCGAGUAUUGAUUCAAAACUUCAAACGUCUUAAGCGAGGUCGUCAUGAAAGUGAUACUGGCCAAAGAGGUCGAAGUUCCUAUUCUAAACAAUAUUAUGAUGAUAUGAGCGAGUAUGAGGUCUUUCAAGACCUUGAUGAAAAAUAUUCAUAUGCUUUCGACAAUCCGGAAGAUAUGGAUGUUGAACCUACCGAAGGUUUGGAGGCAAUUUUAGACGAUAGUGCUCUUAAGCGAUUAAAGAUGACCAGUGAUGAUAUACGUAUUAAGAAUACAGAUCUUCCAGAAAGAAUGCUACUCCGAUCAGAUAUUGAUCAAGGUCGAAAGUUAACUGAUUUUGAAAUAGAAGAGGCUACUAAAAUGAUCUCUGAAGAUUUGGCAUAUUUUAAUGAACUACGACCUACUAAUCAAUUUAUGGUGGCCAUUAAACGUGUAUUAAAAUAUUACAUCGCAGAAUUUGAUGAUGAUUUUUCAAGACCACCUCAAGAAAUUCUUACACGAGCAGAUUUAUGGCAUAUUUAUGAUCUUGAAUAUAAAUACAGAUUGUUUAUUAAAAAACGUGAAGAAAUUAAAGACACUAUUAAAAAAUAUCGUAUCGAAGAUGAAUACGUUAAAACUUUUCUAUCUGAGGCAUCUUCUAUUGAGGCGCUCUCGGAUUUACAUGGAUAUAUCCACCAUCAAUAUUCUCAACAAAUUGUUGCCGCUUUAACUUCUCGCCGACAUGUGAAAAAAGUGUCAUUUUAUGAGGAAUGCAUGAUACAAGAAUUUGGAAAAAGCUUAAAUCUUGGAAAAAAGAUUCACUAUCCUCGUGAAAUUGAUGAUGGGCCGCAGGAUGCGGCAAAAGAAUUUGCUUCAGCUUAUACUAGAAAAGCGGAAUUCACUAACUUAGACCCUGUCGAGCUCGCGCUUGCAGAUGCCGUGAAAAUGCUUUCUCAGGAUAUUGGAUUCGAUCCUUCUUUCCGAAAGUUUGUUCGUAGACGCGUUCUUGAGCAGGGUAUUAUAGUUGUAACUCCAGCACCACAUAAAGAUAUUGACAUUAAUCAUGAAUGUUGGCGUGAAUAUGAUUUUCUUGAUGUUCUUGAAAAGCAUAUAGUUGGGGAUAAUCGGGGAAAUCAAACUGGUCAAAGGUGGGAUAGAUACCGCAUUGAUGCGGUUCAUGCAGCUUAUAAUAAAGUAUUAUGCCCUAUAAUUGACAUAUGGAUUAAAGCACGACUUAAAGAUGAUGCCGAACAAUGGAUAAUGAGACAAUGCAUGCUUGGCCUCGAAUCUGUUUAUAAUGUACGAUUCAAUGAUCUUCGAGACAAAGAGUCAAAAGAUUUUUACGAUUUUUACGUGUUUAUGCGUGAACAUAAACCAAUUGCUAUUGUAUUACGUUCUUACGAUAAUCGAACGAAAUAUUUGUUAGAAAAUGUUCAAGAUGUGGUUGGAUAUUACAAAAAUCAUGGUGGUGAAGAAACUCCAGUAAUGGUUAUUGAUGAUGAGGUUGCCAAAAUAUAUAGACUUUCAUCUCACUCUGAAUAUAACGAAGUUGUCAGGUACUGCAUAUCUUUGGCGAGAACGUUACAGAAUCCUGUUCAAGAAUAUGCUGCGCUUGAAGAAUCAAUCACUUCUAUAAAAUGUCAUUCACUACAAAGCCUGUUGCCAAAAGAAAAAGAGCUCGAAUGUUUACAAAGAGCUUUCAUAAAUAUCGUGAAUGAAAUUGGUGUUGAUAUAAAUGAUGUGAUAAAUUCUCCUUACAAAAGUGACCUACUACAAUACGUUAGUGGAUUAGGACCACGAAAAGUCGAUGCAUUGUAUAAGAGAAUUUUAAUUGAGGAUUUGAAUAAAUUGUAUCAAUUAGGUCCAAAAGUGUACGCUAAUUGUGCCGGUUUUAUUCGAAUUCGACCAAAGCCGGUAGAUCCAUUUGAUGAUACUCGUAUUCACCCUACGUAUUACAUUUUAGCACGUAAAAUGGCUGCAGAUGCUCUUGAUAUGGACGAUGAUGAAGCAGAGGAGGAAUUGCAACAACCUAAUCGUCGCGAUUUUCUUAAAAAAUUAUCAGCGGAACCAGAAAGGCUUAACGAUCUUAUCUUGGAGGAUUAUGCUAAAAGUCUUUCGAAAUAUUAUGAGUCUCCAACAAAAUUGAUUUUGCAUAAUAUCAAAAAUGAAAUGAUGAAACCUUAUGCGGAUCCUCGAGUGCCUUUUGAAAUACCUACACCUGAAAAAAUAUUUGAAAUGAUAACAGGAGAAACUGAUGAAACCUUAUACGAAGGUUUAAUUGUUUGUGUGAAUAUUUAUAAGAUUGAUGACAAAGCACUCAAAUGUCAGCUUGAUUCAGGGUUAGAUGGCACAAUUACUAUUGGUUAUGUCGCGGAUCACAGAAUAGAGUCGCAGGAAUUACGAUCAAGAUUUCAUGUGGAUCAACAAAUUCUUGCAAAAGUUUUGUCCAUUGACAAAAUGAAAUUCUCUGUUACUUUAAGUUGCCGUCCGCGGGAUGUGAAUGGGAAGCAAACUUUUCAAUCCCAACGUUCAGUAGAUUCCGAUUACGAUUAUGAUGCAGAGGCAAGGGAACAAACUUCAAAACAAACAAAACCAAGGAAUGUAAUUACUCCUAAACUUCAUACACGUAUGAUACCACAUCCAAUGUUCAAGCCGUUUACUUAUGCAGAAGCGCAAGAUUAUCUUAGUGAUAAGCAACCUGGUUCGUUGGUAAUUCGGCCGUCAUCCAAAGGUUAUGAUUAUAUAAGUAUUACUUGGAAACUAUACGAUAAUAUUUAUCAGCAUAUUGAUGUUGUUGAAAAAGAUAAAAGUGGGGUCGUAAUUGGACGUAGACUUGAAGUUGAAAAUGGAAAAUAUGUUUAUUCCGAUUUAGAUGAACUAAUCGUAGAUUAUGUAGAAGCCAAAGCUCAGAAAGUUGAGGCUUUAGUAAUCACUGAAAAUUACUGCGAUGCUGAUUUUGUUCUUGGCGACCCUACAAAAACACAAAUACCGAUGCAAGGAAUUGAUAAAGUAACUAAUUAUAAAUUUGUACUGGAUUCGAUUAAUGCAGGAAGAUUAAGACCUCCAAGUAGUUAUGAAUUGGUCAUUUCUGGCUCAAGAUCCGGUCGACGUAAUUUUACAGUACAAGAUGAUAGAGACUUGGAAAAUUAUCUGGAGUCAAUAUCUGAAGGACUUAGAGGAAAUCAAAUAUAUAAGAAAUUUGAAAAAAUUGCGUGGCGUUCUCGGGCGGUCAGAAAGUUUGUGGGCAAUAUCAAUGCUACCCCCAAUGCACAAACAAUAAGUAAAGUCCGGUCAGCCAAUAAUUCACCUACAUUGCAUGAUGCAGAUUCAGAUGAUUUAGCAACUGAAAAAAUACUAGAAUCUGCUAUAAGAAAAAAUCAAGAGAAUGAAAUCACAGAUGCAAAUGACGAUGAUUUAGCAGAGCUGACUAGUCCUUUAUCACAAAACUCGAGAAUAAAUAAAUUUACUUCGUUAGAUGAAGAAUUUGACGUUUCUGAGUCUUUUGAAACAAUUUCUGGAGAUUCCUUUACUGAACCUCGCCCAACUCAUCGAAACUUAGAACUAGGCAAAAGGCGUCGCACUGAUGAGGAUGUGCGGGAACAACCGGCAUCCAAACGUUCGAGAUAUUCAGCUGUUGAUGAAGAAUUUUUGCUUAAAGUUAAAGAAUUGUCUGAAGAAUUCCAUGUUCCUAAGACUGAGGUGAUUCGAAUACUAGGCGAUACUUCAUGUAAUUUCUCAGCUACAAGAGAUUACCUAAGUAAUAACGGUAAGCAUUCAUUGUUAAUACGGUGUUGGUAA